AGAUUUGUUAACGUGGUAAAAUGUAUUGGUUUAAUCAUUUUAGUUCUCAUUUUGGUAAGUUGUAUUUGGUCAAUAGCACAUGAACACAAAGGAAGACACACAAAAAGUGAGCUUGAGCACAUUAAGAAAGCGAAAAGAUGCUUUGAAUCAAUAGAGAGUGGUCAAACGAUGUAUUCUCUUGAGGAUAUAAUGAAAUCACCACCAAAGCAUGCUAGAACUAUUUUCUUUCAUCAUACAACGUGUGCGCGAGAUAAGAAUGGUACUGUCACAUUUACGGCAAGACAAGCCUGUUCAAUCGAGUCAGCUGCAAAGUUGAAUAUAAAUCAAGACGUUUUCGUUUUAUUCGCUGCACAAGUUGGGAGUUUAUCUAACAACCCAACAUCGCCUAUAUUCAAAGCAUUAACAUCAUAUCCAAACAUUUAUCUUCGAUCUGUGAAUUGGUAUAAUUAUGCGAUUCAUACACCAGCGCAAGAAUGGGUGAAAAGAGACAUAAUACUCACGUCACCAUACUAUGUUGCACAUCUAUCAGAUUUCAUUCGGCUUGUAACACUUUACAAAUAUGGGGGCAUACACUUUGAUUUGGAUUUUAUCAUACAAAAAUCAUUGGAUGAUAUGCCGGCAAACUUUGCAGGUGCUGAACAAAGUGAUGUAAUCAGCAACGCUGUUUUCGGGAUCGAAUCGAACUAUAUUGGCCAUAAAAUUAUUGAAAUGAUCCUGAGGGAGCAUACACAAUAUUAUAAACCACGUGAACUAUUGCCUCAUGGAUCUGGUUCUAUUACGCGAGUGAUGCAAAAGAUAUGCCAUCGCAAGAAGACUCUCGAAAUGAUGCCUGAAUUUUGCUGGGGAUUCAAAGUAUUUCCUGAACGAACAUUCUUUCCGAUUCCGCGUUGGUCUUGGCGCCAAUACUUCGACACAAACGCAACAGCUUUGAAUGAAACACUGCAUCAAAUCAAGGAAUCUGUCGCUGUACAUUUUUGGAAUAGUUUUUCACAGUAUCGCAACGUUAUGAAAUCUGAGCCGAGGAACGUUUAUCGAUUUUUAGCUGAACAAUUUUGCCCAAAAGUCUUUCAAGCAUCGGGUCCUUAUUUUUGAAAUAUCAAUAUUAGUCGAAUCGACUGAGUCGAUAUAGAACGCGAAUACAAACACAGACUGUUCGCCGUGAGUAAACAUUCGCAGAUGUGCCUAUUUAUCAGUAUGGCCUAAAUUCAAAUGACACUCGACAUUUUUAAGUGCAUUGUCCUAUA